AUGAAGUUCUUCUUCCAGGCGCUGGCACUAUCAGCAACCAUGACCCAUGGAGUUGCCGCUCUAGACGACGGCGUGCUACUGAGCGAGGCUUUUGGCGGUCCUCACGGUACGAAAUACUCUGACGUGGACUUGGUGGUUCCUGGCCAAACCGUGCAGUCCAUCAUGAUCCGCUCCGGAGAACGUGUCAACGGCGUCGGCCUCGAUAUCACUGACACAUCGGGUAUGCCAACUAUUUUGUACCACGGUGGGCGUGGUGGAACUCUGAAGACGCUCGAGCUGGGUCCAGACGAGCGCAUCACCGGUGUGGAGGCCCAUUGGGGCGAGAAGGGUGACCACACGCGCAUCAAGUUCAUUAAGUUCGUCACGAACAAUAACAAGACCGUCUCGGGUGGUCGACCAACGAAGAACAUAGGGAAAGAUAGCGCACCCAAGGGUUAUCAGCUGGGAGGUUUCUACGGCACUUGCGGCAAAGAGCUCGAUUCGGUAGGUCUCGUUUGGGCACGCAUCAAGGCAGACGGCGAUGACGACGAUGACGACGAUGACGACGAUGAUGACGAUGAUGACGAGGACUAUACCUCAGAUGCUUCUGUCUCUGACUCUGAUAGUUCGUCGGGUCAGGCGGCAUCCACGUACUAG